AACAAGGGAACAUGGAUGACGAAAAAAAGAAAAAGGAUUCACAUCCCAAGGGGAAAAAGACACUUUCACUGAGGGGGGCCACACACAAACUGAAAGCAGAGGCUCUGAGAAGGUACAGGCUUAAGCAUAAGGAUGAUGUACAGGAGGUAAAAUCCCCAUUGACUUCCCCUAAAGAUAGAGAAACUCCACAAAAUGAUAAAGAAACUCAAAGUAAAACACACCAGUCAGAUGUACAGAAAGAGGAGACAACUAAGAGAUCUGUGAUCCCUGUAGACUCAGGAAAAGUAACUUUACUUGACAAUUCUGAUGCAGAAGUUUCCCAAUUAGCUAAAUCUGAUGAAAGAAGGGAAAAUAAUCCAGAAAAUUACAUGAAGAAUUUUGUCAAAGGAGACAAUGAUGCUAAUCUUGGUAAAUCAGAAGAGAUGUCACCUGGAGAGAAUGAUAAAUAUACAGCACUGGAAAGGAGUGAUUUGACAAACACAGAUGUAAUUUGCCAAGAAAUAUUUCUUUUAAAUGAAGAUUCAUCUCCUAAACAAACAACAAAUGAUCAAAAGAAUGAAUCUGACAAAUCCAAUGUACAGGAGAAUAGAGACCAAAAUUUUGCAUUUCCUAAUAAAAGAGAGCAUGUAAACCCCAAAAGCAAUGACAUCAUAAAUGAUAGUACAGUGAUGGUACAAAGAGGUAAAGAAGGAGGCCAAGGGGAUACCCCAACUGAGAACAAAGAAGCUGAAGAAAGUGAGAAAGUGGAACCUCCUGUCCAGGCCACAGAACAGACAAAAGAUGACAUUCCUAAAGAAGAAGCAAAGAAGGUGGAGGAGGUGAAUGAGACACCAGAGCCUGGGUCUGAGGCUCCCCCAGAAAAGGCCGGGGAGGAGAAACCAGAGGGCACACAGGAAAAAACAGAGGAGGGGGAAAAGGAGAAUGUGGUAAAGGAAGAUCAGGAAAAAACAGAGGGAGGUGAGAAGGGGGCACAGGAGGAACCAGAGGGAGAGAAAAAGGAGGAAGAUAAGCCAGCACAAGAAUCAGGAAGCAAGGAAGAGGAGUCUUCAAAGAAACCAGAGGAGGAAGCUACAGAUAAACCAGCAGAGGAGAAGAAAGCAGACGGGGAAGAAAAGGCUGCAGAUGAUCAAACCAAACCCGAGGAUGACCAGAAAACAGAGGAUAAACCCAAGGAAACAGCAGAGGGCGAGAAACCUAAAGAAACAGGAGAGGGGGAUACAAAUCAAAAUGCUGCCGAGGGUGAUGAACAGGAUGAGGAAGGGGAGAAGAAAGCUAAAAAGGAAGAGGAGGAGAAAAAGAAGAUUCCUGAUGAUUUUUUCUACAACUACGAAGACUUAAUCUCCCAGCCACAGAUCACUCAGGACUCAGGCUUACCCAAGGACUACAUCAAUCUGGCUCAUUCAUUUGGAUAUGACUGUACAAAGCGUCACAACCUCCAUCUGUUGGACGAGAGAACGGUGUGUUUUGCUGCGGGUAACUACGUGUUACUUCUGGAUCUGCAGACAAAGGAACAGAAAUACCUGCGCAGUACCAGUGGGGGAGGUAUUGGGGCCAUCACAGUUCAUCCUUCUAAGAAAUAUUUUGCUGUUGCUGAAAAGGGAACCUCACCUAACAUCAACAUCUUUGAGUAUCCAUCACUAAAGCUGCAUCGAAUCCUGAGAGGGGGGACAGAGCGAUCCUACUCAUAUGUUGACUUUAAUCCUAAGGGUGAUUUACUGGCUUCUGUGGGAGGGGACCCGGACUACAUGUUAACUAUCUGGGACUGGAAGGAGGAGCAAACAGUACUGAGGUCAAAGGCCUUCUCCCAGGAAGUGUUCCGUGUGACCUUCUCCACGGAACUGGAGGGGCAGCUGACCACCGCUGGUACUGGACAUAUCAGAUUCUGGAAAAUGGCAGACACUUUCACAGGUUUAAAACUUCAAGGAGAACUGGGAAAGUUUGGCAAAACUGAGAUUUCAGACAUAGAAGGUUAUGUUGAACUUCCUGAUGGAAAAGUGUUGUCUGGAACAGAAUCUGGUAACAUGCUUCUCUGGGAGGGUGGCUUAAUCAAAGUGGAGAUUGGACGCAAAGGGAAAAAAAUGUGUCACCAUGGAUCCAUCCAGCAAAUCCUUCUGGAUGAAGGGGAGCUAAUGACUGUUGGAAUGGAUGGAUUUAUAAGGGUCUGGGACUUUGAGAGUGUGGACACAGCUGAUGUGGCAGACGAAUCAGGACUGUUUGAAAUGGAGCCUAUGAAUGAGCUGCGAGUGGGCCAUGAUGUCCAUCUAAAGUCCAUACUGAAGUCCACUGAUGCAGAAAAUGAGGUCACUGUGUGGUAUGCACAGGAUGCCAAUGGUGGUAUAUGGAAAUUGGAUCUGACUUUUUCACACACCUCCCAAGCCCCAGACAAACUCUUCUCCUACCACGCUGGAGCCAUCACCGGGUGUGAUGUGUCACCCCUCACUCACCUCGUAGCCACCACUGGUGUUGAUCACACAGUGCGGGUGUUUGAUUUUCUACAGAAGAAACAGCUGUAUGAGAAGAGGUUUGCUGAUGCUGGAACAGCUCUGAUCUGGGCUCCACAAAUUGUUGAUCCUAAAGCAAAAACUAUCAUAGCUGGAUUUAGUGAUGGUGUGGUCAGAAUCAUGUCUAUUGCCAAGGCCAAUGAAGAUCAAGCACACAAAAAACACAAACAUGACAUUGACCUUGACCUCGAUCAGGUCUUCAAACCUCAUACCAAGGCCGUUACUUCCCUUGCUGUGAAUGACAAAGGAGAUAUUCUUGCUUCAGGGGGUGCAGAUAACACAAUAUUUUUUAUGAAUAUCGGAAAAACCUAUGAACCAAUAGGAUUUAUAGAGACCCCCGCAGCAGUGAGACAGGUCCAGUGGUCUCCCUCGUCUUUUAAAAAAUCCACUCUCUUGGUAUUUUGUGAAGAUGGUCUUGUGUUAGAAGUUGAUUCUCCAGAUGGGGCAACAUUUGAUACAUCUAAAACUUUUCACAUUACUGGCUUACCAGUGAGGUCCUACAAGUUCAAAAGCAUCAAGUCUCGAUUACGUCAUGAAGAAGAGCUUGAGAGGAAGAGAAUUGAGGAGGAGGAGAGGAAGAAGAAGGAGGAGGAAGAGAGAAGGAAGAGGAUAGAGAGAGGACUGGAGACAGAGUCAGAACAAGGAGAUAUAGAGGAAGAUAAAUUACAGCCUGGAGAGUUUGAUGCUGGAUAUAUGUAUGAAUGUAAGUUUACCACUGAAGAAGAGAGAUCAAGAUUACCUGAAGAACUCCAAGAUGCACCAUUACAAUCCAUUCCUGUAACAGAUUCCAAUGAUGUUCCAAUCACGUUUAUGCAAUACAGUGGUAAUGGACGACAAAUCUUGUUUGGUAUGGAAGAUGGUGGAAUAAGAAUUCAGGGUCUAGAGAAGGAAUUCAGUAUGGAUGCGUUUGGUCCCCACUGGAAGUUGAACUUUCAUGACAAUAACUAUGGCCAUGUUGUGAGACUAGGAGUAAGUCCAGACGAGAAGAUGCUGGUGUCAGUAGGAGCUGAUGGCAACUUCUUCCUGUAUGACAUAAUGGAGCAAGAAAAGGUGGACCAGAAAGUGGCCGAGGCCAAAGCCAAACUCCCCUCAGCAAAGAAAUCUGGAGAACAAAUCAGUGUUGAUGAUAUUGAAGAUCCAAAUGCUUACAGUAUUGAAGAUGCAAAACAAAAGGCAGAACAUGAUAAAAUGAUGAAAAUAGCUGAUGAAAAGAAAAAAGAGGUUCGUCGCCAGAUAGCAAAGCUAAGGCGACAGUUCAAGAGCAUUCUGGAACAAAAUGAAGGACUUCCUGUUCAUCUGCAACUGAAAAAGGAGGAAUUUGAAUUGGAUAGAGAAAUCAAACUUGAAUUAGAAAAGCAGAAGACUGAUCGAAUUGACCUAGUUAGAAAGGAAUUAGCAUGGGAGGCAGAAAAACAGAGGGUAGCAUUGGAAAAGCUGAGAAAAAGGUACAAAGAUGUGGUUGAAUGUGAAAGGAUAGUUGUAAAAGCAUUUAAAACACCACAUGAAGUAGCAAGUUUUAGGGCAGCGAAGCUGUCAGAUGACUUUUACCAAAUGAAGGCCGAGUUUGAGAGAAGGAAAACAAUGACCAUGGUAAAAGAUGACAUAACUAGAGACCCCACCCGUGACCUCUUAGGGGGUAAACUGUCACACUCGGAUGAACAUGCUGGAAGUGGUGGAAAGCCCGGGGAUCAGACGGGGACCAAACUGACCACGACCCUGAAGGGCAGUAUGGGGGAGAGAAUCAACAAAGCCCUACAUAAAGUGGAGGAGAAGAAACAAAAGCGGGCGGCAAGGAGGGCCCAGUGGGAGGAGUUAUACAACACAAAGCCUGAUGACGAUUAUGAGGAUCCAGCAGACCUGGCAGCCAUUAAAGAGGCCAAGGAUAAUAUGGGAGACUUCAAACUGAAAACAGCCAAGGAUUACGUGGUACCUGACCAUCUAAGAAUGAAUGUAGAAAAAGCCAGGGGCAGAUUACUCAUCCUUAAAGAUUUAAUACAUGAGCACAAGUAUAAUUUCAAUCUACGUCUGCUCAAAAUAAGAGACAAGAAACUGAGUGUGAUUGAGGAGAUUCGUGAAUUGGUGGCUCAGCUCGGAGAAGUUCAGACUAACUUAGAUAAAUCAAAGCACAAGCCCAUUCCUCCAGUCCCCAAAAUGUACCCUGAUGAAAUGCCAGAGAAGAAAUUAGAAUACACCAGAGACACCUUGCUGGCGUUUAAGAAGGAGAUGGAAGUGAGAGCCAAAGAAGCUAAGGGAGGCGGUGGGUUUGGAGGUUUUGGGGGGUUUGGUAACACUGCUGACACAGCCAAGGACAAGGGAGCAUCACCCACCCCUAAACCAAGCACAAUAGUCAGUGAUUCUAAGGCUGGGGAGGAUGAUGAAUUGGAAGAAAUAGAGACUUCUCCACUAGAGCUACAGAUGAAAGAAAGCAUGGAAAUCAAGAUGCUGUAUGAACAAGAUCGACUUCUGGGAAGAAUUGAGGAGCUCUUGUUAAACUUUGAUGCUGAACUGAGACUGUUACGCCAUGAUAAGUUCAGGCUAGAUAUAGUGAUGAAGAAUGCUGACUUAAGGCAGGUAACACUAUUUGAAGAAUUUGUUCUGCUAAAAGAGUAUGAAAAGAGAGAGGAUGUUAUGGAGGCCAAAGUGUCAGGGAAGCAACAGGAGAAACUGGAAAUGCAGGCAAAGAUAAUUGAGCUACAAGGGAAGCAGGAUAUGAAGAAGAAGGAGAUAGAGAAGUUACAGGAGAGAGAGAAACAACUGUACGCUCAGUUCCAGCUUUCUCUAGGAGAGAACAACAAGUUUACGGACUACUUGACCAAAGUAUUCAAAAAGAAAAUCAAGAGAUCCAAAAAGAAGGUCACAGAUGGAGAAGGUUCUGAUGAAGACAGUGAUGAAGAUUCUGAUGAUGAAUCUGACUGGGAUGAAGAUGAUGAAGAGUCCGAGGAAGAAGGAGGAUAUGACCUUGACAUCUGUCCCCCAGGCUGUGAUCAGAAUAUCUAUGAUAAUACUUGUCAACUGAGGGAGAAGAAGUUGGACAUCGAGGAAGCUCUACAGGAGGAGAAGAAGAAUAACGAGGCUCUACGGAAAGAAACCGACAGCAACAACAAGAAACUGAAAGUAGUGGACGGUGCUCUGAAAGCUGCCCAGAAUGACCUUGAGGCCUUCCAGCUAGAGAAGCAGCAGAAAUUGAAUGAGUUAGAUGUGGUGGUGACUCUGAAGCUCCAUCAGAUACAGUACAUAAUUAAUGGUAUCCUGCCCCAAGAUCUUUCUCAGACACUGGUGUUUGAGUCACAUGGCGUCACCAGACUUCAGCAAAGGAUCAAGGAGCUGGAGCAUGAAAAGCACAUGCAGAAGAAACACAUGAAGGAAUCCAGAAGGAAACACGUUCAGCUCAUUAAGGACAGGAAAGUGUUUGACAGCAAAAUUUCAGAAAUGGAGGAACGCACCAAUGAAAUGAUGAUUGCCAAGUUUGGUAGGAUUGUUGACUUAGAAAAGUUGGAGACUAUUACUGUGAAUAGGCAGAUUGAGGAAUUGAAAGAAAAAUUACGUUUGACUGAAAUUCAAUGUGCCGAGGAAUUAGAAGUAUGGGAUGAAAAGAUAGCUGAGAAGAAAGCCAAAAUCACAGCCCUUAUUCGUGAUAAUACAAACAGACUGGACCAACUUUGUCUGUUACUGAAUGAAAAGAAAUCAUACGAAUCAGAACUUGACUCCAGGCAGAAGAAUUCUGGUCAGGAAUAUACAGGUGCUAGAAAGGCUGACAUCAGGGAGAGACAGAGAUUGAUACAGCUAGUGCAGCUCCAGGCCCAGGAGAUAGACGCUCUCAAGGAGGAGAUCAUGCUCUUAUCCCGCAAAGGAGGGCAUAUCUUACCCCCCGCCCAACCCCCACUCCCCCAAAGUCCCCCCAAUAUGAGAACAAUCAGUAAUUAAUUAAAGACUUGCUUCUUGAAUUUCAAUAUUUUAAAUAUGAAUGUCACAAAUAAGUAUUGAUGUUAUUAAGAAUUACACUGUGCAAAAUAAAAGCUUAUUUUGGCAGAUAUUUUAUUUUGCCAAUUUAGUUCAAACAGCCUGGUUCAAAAAUAACCAGAUUGGUUGUAUUUUUUUUUUUUAAUAAAUUUUUAAUAUGGAUGUGUUUCACUGUACAUAUGAAACAUGAUUUAAACACAUGUUCUCAUAGUUAAAAAUGGAACACCCAACUGAAAUUAGCACCCUACCAAAAUAACCCACUAUAAAGUUCUUCAUUUUUAUCAAUUUAUUGUAUGCUUUGCAAAUUUUGAUUAUGAUUUAUAUUUCUUAUUGACAAAAUUAUAUAUAUCUAGAGCUUCAUCCCUGUGGAGCUAUGUGAAAUUUGUUCUCUGUAAAUCUUAUUCCGUCCUAUUGUCCUCACUCUAUCUAAAGGACAUAUAAUUGUGAUACAUUGUAUGUGAUAUUGACUGUGUAAUUUAUAUUUCCUUUUUUAUUUAUAUUAAUUAUGUCAAAAAAUCAUAAAUACAAGAAAUGUACUACACAUACAAGUGUGCUUGAUUUAUUGAAUAAAUAGGUCAUACCACUUUUA